UGCGUGAAUUAUAUAUUAUUGAGACUUGGUUCUUGAAGUGUAGUAAUUGCUCCAGGCAAAUGCCAGUACCAUAGCUGAAUUAGGCCAUGACCACUUUCUUCCAAAAACAUGUCAGUUCAUAAAUCGUGGAUCAUCCUUCCAUUCAAAGUUUAACAAAUGGCAGUAUAGCAGCUGAUAUCUAUCAAGAUGCCAUGACACUUGAUGAGUGUAAACAAGUUAAUUUAAUAGCUGCAGGCACUUGGACGAGCACCAGUUGUUUAUUAAGUCUGAUUACAUAAGCCCAGUGUGCUGCAUGAGACAACAUAUUUGUGGGACCUGUGCAGCACAGCAAGAUUUUAUUCAACUGACAGCAUGGCAAAUAUGAAAUGGCUUGGUCAUCCAGUUACAAGUCUACCCACUCCAGCAUUCCUAGUGGACCACGAUAAGGUUGCUAAAAACUGCAAUGACAUGCUUAAUAAGUGUAAGCAACUUGGGAUCAAACUAAGAGCACAGGUCAAGACGCAUAAAACUGUGGAAGGAGCAGACUUGCAGACUGGUGGAACACGGAGAUGCAUAGUGACAUCCACACUUCAUGAAGCUGAGAUGUAUGCAAACAACGGUUUUGAAGACAUCCUAUAUGGCUACCCAUUGAUACCCUUUCACCUGCAGCGAUGCUAUGAUCUGAGAUCCAAAUUGCAACAGUUUCACGUGAUGGUCAACAACUGUGACAUUGUCACGACCCUCAAUAAGACUGAACCGCCAGCUGGGAAACGUUGGUCAGCAUUCAUCAAGGUAGAUGCUGGGAACAACAGAGCAGGUGUGUGCUGGCAGAACACUCAGGCAGUUGUGGACAUGGCUUGCCAAUUGUCUGACGGCCCACACACAGAGUUUCAGGGACUAUAUGUCCAUUGUGGAAACUCAUACUCUGCAGGAAAUUUGGAACAAGUGAAAACUGUGAGAGAUUUGAAUGUAGAGAGAGCUCUGCAUCUCACGCAAGAGCUGCAGCAGAGGGGAAUCACCUGCAAAAAUGUGGGAAUUGGAUCUACACCAUCUUGCAGUCAGGAGGUCUCUACACGGAUGUCCAGCCUCACAGAGAUACAUCCUGGCAACUACAUCUUCUAUGAUUCACAGCAGGAAAGUCUGGGGUCCUGUUCCAUGGAUGACAUUGCAGUCAGAGUCAUGACACGUGUCGUGAGCCACUUCCCAGAUCGUGGUCAGAUUCUGAUUGACUGUGGCUUCGCUGCCCUCACCAAACAGGGCUAUGGAAAGAUUUCCAUCCCCGGAUAUGCCCAUUUCCAGGACAACCCCAACCUCAAGUUGGUUGAUAUGACUCAGGAACUGGGCAAGGUGGAAGCUGUUCAUGGAAAACUGGACUACAGCCAAUACCCCAUUGGUAGCAUCCUCUACAUAUACCCUUUUCAUUCAUGUGCAACUGCAGCGAUGUAUCCUGUGUAUUACGUCCAUCAUAAUAACUGCAUCACAGAGAAGUGGUACCCAACCAGAGGAUGGUAACAUCUGUCAACUGCAACAUGGUGCAGGCUAUGGCUGGACAACAAAGCUAGAUAGCUCCUAAAAAAAGUCAAGUGAAGUUGGACACAAUUUAUUAAUAUCACAGUCAUUUAAACCUGCUUAGUUCUUAAGAAGUGCAGAAAUCAUAAUUUUGCAGUAUCAAUAUGCAUGGUAACAAUCACCAAACAUGUAUUCACAACAAAUAUUCCACUGGCUUCUCCCUCCUACUGUUAUUGCACCUCCAGGACUCCACCACAAAUCCGAAGAUGUAACAUUAUGUACAAGGUUGGCAACAGUGCAGUCUUAUUGCACCAGUGAUAGUGCCCCAACACAAAACUAAUACAGUAAUUUUGAGGAUAAUAUUUAAUUAAGAAAUUUCCUAACAUGAACAAUCUUAAUGAGAUCUCCUCCUUUCAAUUUAAUAACAUCAGUUCCUUAAUCGUGAUUAUUUUAUUUCAUACAUCCAUUGUUCUUAAUAUGUGCACACACAAAAACAUACACAUUUACUGGGGCAGGGUCCAAACCAGUGUCCUGGCUUCCAGAUUAUCACUGUGGUUCAUUUAUUUUUUAUACUUUCAUGUAAUUGUAUGUUAUUAUAUUU